AGGAGCCUGCAGUGCGGUCUGAUCUGGUCGCUGUGUCUUAUUAUUGUUUGGACGUCAUUUACUAUGGCGUCCCACUUCAGCGGAGUUUUAAAGCUAACUGAUUUGGAUGAUUUUAUUACACCGUCACAGGAGUGUGUGAAGCCAGUGAAAGUUGACAAGAAGCAGGGGCGAUCUGUGGCCAAAAUCCAAAUCGAAGAUGACGGCACAUACUUUCAGGUUAAUGAGGAUGGGCAAAUGCACAAGCUGGAGAAAGCUAAGAUUACUCUGAAUGACUGUCUGGCCUGUAGUGGCUGCAUCACAUCAGCCGAGAGCAUCCUAAUCACUCAGCAGAGUCAUGAGGAAUUAUACAGAAUACUCCGUCUUAAUAAGCAGAGUAACGGGAAUCAGCAGAAGCUGGUUGUUGUGUCAGUUUCACCACAGUCUCGCGCUUCACUAGCCGCACACUACUCUCUCAGCAGCAGCGAGGUGGCCAGGAGACUUACAAACUUCUUCAAAAAUCUGGGUGUACAUUACGUGUUUGACACUGCCUUCAGUCGCAACUUCAGCCUGCUAGAGAGUCAGAGAGAGUUCCUCAAGAGGUUUUCUCGGAAGGAGGAGGACAAGAAAGCCUUGCCCAUGCUGGCGUCUGCUUGCCCAGGUUGGAUCUGCUAUGCCGAGAAGACCCAUGGUGACUUCAUCCUCCCCUACAUUAGCACAACCCGUUCUCCACAACAGAUGAUGGGUUCACUGGUCAAGAGCUUCUUCGCUAAUCAGCAGGGUGUUGAGCCACAAAAUAUUUACCAUGUAACCGUGAUGCCUUGCUAUGACAAGAAACUGGAGGCGUCCAGACCUGACUUCUACUUUAAAGAGGCAGAGACCAGAGAAGUGGACUGUGUCAUUACAUCAGGUGAAGUUCUCAAGAUGUUGGAAGUGGAGGGGGUGUCUCUGAGUGAAGUAGAGCCGGCACCUUUAGAUGUUAUGUUCAGUAAUGAGUGUGGUAAGGAGUUGCUGUGUCAUGCUGGGAGUGGCUCAGGAGGAUAUCUUCACCAUGUCUUCACCCAUGCUGCCAAACAGCUUUUUGGAGUUGAAGUAGAGAAGCUCACAUACAAGACCCUCAAAAACAAGGACUUCCAGGAGGUCAUUCUAGAGAAAGAUGGAGAAGUUCUUCUGCGCUUUGCCAGCACCUAUGGCUUCAGAAAUAUUCAAAAUCUCGUACAGAAGUUAAAGAGGGGAAAGUCACCGUACCAUUUUGUAGAAGUCAUGGCAUGUCCUUCAGGGUGUUUGAAUGGAGGAGGUCAGCUAAAGCCUGUAGCAGAUCAGUCCAACAAGGAGCUGCUGCAGCAGGUGGAGGAAGCGUACUGCGCGGAGCAGUCAUCCGCCCCUGAGGAGAAUCGGCGUGUUGCUGAACUUUACCACACAUGGCUAAAUAGUGUGAGUGAGGAAAAAGCACGAGAGCUCCUACACACACAGUAUCAUGCGGUGGAGAAAAGCACCAAUGGACUCACCAUCAAGUGGUAAACAUCUGAAAGCCUGCUGUGAUGCGAAAUGACGCGUGGAACAUAAUCAAUGACCUGCCGGUUCAGGCCAAGUGUUAGGAGCAGUGAAGUCAUACUGACAAUCCUGAGUACUUUCCCGUAUUAAAAAGUACGAUCAGUACUACUAACAUGUAGUUAGUUCAGCAGAUAACUAAUUAUCUUAUUUUCUGCAGCUUUGUACUAGGUAUCAAGGAUGAGUGGUUUAGUAUUUCAUGACACCAUCAAGAAGUACAGAAAUGAGAGUGAUGCUCUUUUAAACCUUGCAUUUUUAAAUGAAUAAAAAAUGAAUCAAUAAAUAAAAUCACAAAC